CAAAAUGAGAUAUUGUCUCAAAAGGAAAAAAAAAAAUGUGUCCAGAUUUUAAGUUUAAAUUCCUAGACUUCUCAGGCCAGUUUCCCACCGCAGAGGAACCCAUCCCUACUGCCAGCAGCUCAAAUCCUCCUGCCUUUUCAAAAACCUAAUUUCGGGCAUGCUAGGCAAGCUGUCAUCCUCCAUGCUAUAUCCUCAAGCCUGAAACAUUUGGACUGUAGUGCAAAGUCUCCAGAUUGGGGCCGAAGUGAUGGCUUGGAGGUUAAAAAUGCUUGCUGCUAUUACAGAGGGCUGAAGUUCGGUUCCCAGCACCCAGUCAAAGGACUCAAAACCACCUGUAAUUCAAGAUUCAGAGGAUCCACUGUCUUCUGGCUACUGGGGUUACCUACGUACGUGUAGUAUACACAGACACUUCAAAUAAAUAUAAACAAAUCAGUCCUUGUUGUUUUUCCGGUCUCACCACAUAGCUCUGGCUGACCUGGAAUCCACUAUGUAGAGCAGGAUGGACUUAAGCUCCCUGAUUGCCUCUUCCUCUCCCGUGCCGGGAUAAAAGAUGUGCGCCACCCCAACUGAUAUAAAAACAAGUACUACAAAAACGCAAUAAGGUCUCUUAAUAAAAAAAAAAAAACAAACUUAAAGUUACGCAAAAGAACCUCGUGUUACCUCGGGAAUCUUGAGAAUGGGGCCUCACCGUGCCGCCAAAGUCACACCGGUCCCGCCCACUCAGGGCUACAAUUCUAGCACAUGCGCAACCGCGCACGGAACCCUAGAGCGCCGGAACUCCUGAGAGCAAAUCCAGGCUCUCGCAGUGUCAGUCCGUCAGGGAGCGCUUCCGUCACCAGCGCUAUCCGCUAUGAGGCUUUGGCCGCAGGCAUGGGGUGCCGUGGGGGCCGCUUGGCGCGAGUGCUUUCCUCUGCAAGGUCACGAAGUGGCACGCUGGUUCCCCGGCCACAUGGCCAAGGGACUAAAGAAGAUGCAGAGCAGUCUGAAGCAGGUGGAUUGUGUUAUCGAGGUUCAUGACGCCCGAAUCCCACUUUCAGGUCGAAACCCUCUGUUCCAGGAGCUACUUGGUCUGAAGCCUCAUUUGCUUGUCCUUAACAAAAUGGACUUGGCGGAUCUUAAAGAGCAGCAGAGAAUUGCUCAACACUUAGAAGGAAAAGGCCUGAAGAAUGUCAUUUUUACAAACUGUAUCAAGGAUGAAAACAUCAAGCUGAUAAUCCCAAAAGUCACGGAACUGAUCAAGUGCAGCUACCGCUACCAUCGAGCAGAGAAUCUGGAGUACUGCAUCAUGGUGGUCGGUGUCCCUAAUGUAGGCAAAUCCUCUCUCAUCAACUCCCUGAGACGACAGCACCUCAGGUCAGGAAAAGCUGCCAGAGUGGGCGGUGAGCCAGGAAUCACCAGAGCUGUGACAUCCAGAAUCCAGGUAUGUGAGCGUCCACUGAUGUUCCUGCUGGAUACUCCUGGGGUGCUGGCUCCUCGGAUUGAAAGUGUGGAGACAGGCCUGAAGCUGGCCCUGUGUGGAACUGUGUUGGACCAUCUUGUUGGAGAAGAGACCAUGGCCGAUUACCUCCUUUACACCCUCAACAGGCAUGGGCUAUUUGGGUACGCGCAGCACUAUGGCCUGGCCAGCGCCUGUGACCACAUAGAGCAGGUGCUGAAGAGUGUGGCAGUGAAGCUGGGGAAGACGCGGAAAGUGAAAGUGCUCACCGGCACAGGUAAUGUCAAUGUUAUCCAGCCUGAUUAUGCCAUGGCAGCCCGAGACUUCCUCCGGACCUUCCGCAAAGGGCUACUGGGCCAAGUGAUGCUGGACCGUGAUCUUUUGCCUGCUUGUUGAUGACGCCGAGCCCUGAACUGGCUUGCUGGAGUAUAGUCUUCUGCAUACUCCAUGGAACUGCAGCUGGAGCGUUUAGCUCUCCGAACUGUUCCCCUGUCCACAGACUCUAUGUGUUGCUACCCAAGACUCAGUCCCUAACUCCAAAGGGCACUCUGUUCUUUUAUCAGCUUGGUUAGUCCUGGUUAUAACCAUGGGGUCCCAGAAGUCCUAAAUAUAUGGUUUAGUCAGGAGGUUUUCUCUCAGUCUCAAGGAGAGGUUAAUGCUAUCUCAGAGGAGUCAAAGCUAUAAUCUGUAAUUUAAAAAUUGGGUUAAAAAGACCGCUUUAAAAAAAAA